UUCUGGAGACGCGUGGUCAAAAAUAAAAGCAAAAUGAUGGUUGACUUCCUGAAAUACGAUCGAGAUCACAACACAAACUGGAAGAAUUUGGGCGUGGAGCUGAAAGUGUCCGAGGCGCUCGAACAAGAAACUCCCGAAUACUGGUUUGAAGGUGAUCUGGAGGAAAUACUCGUUAAGUCACAGCCAUUCGUCAGAAGUUUAGUUAUCUCACAGCUACAGCCUUAUAAACAAAUUGAGCCCGAAGAAAAUUACGAACAAUACAAAGUCUACAAUCCAACGCCGGAAUUGUGUAGCCAUGGAUCACUUGUGAUUCUUAAGCAUCUAGUGAACCUUACCUCUCUCAGUUUGGCGUUUGGUCUGGGAGAUGCCACCAGGGGGUACGAACGUAGGUUCUUCAUAUUUUCGCUAGAAGACGUCAAGAACCUUGUGAAGGCAAUGGCCAACCUUCCACAGUUGCGUCAUUUCAAACUAUCUCGCAGUCGAAUGGAGCCCGAUAAACUAAAAGCACUUCUUGACCAAUUAGCAACAAUGAAAAUUGAGCGCUUGGAGUUGCCUUACUGCUAUCUCAAAACUGACGCUGGAAUGCUCUUGGCAAAGUACAUCAGCAAGUGCCCUGGCACACUAAUCAACUUGAAUGUGUCUGGAAAUUUCCUAGAUGGAGAGCAGAUUGAAAAUUUCGGCUACGGCAUUAAUGUGUACCAAGGCGUUUUGGAGAAAUUGGAUUUGUCACAUAAUCCCAUCGGCGAAUCGGGAGUGCUCACUUUGGGAGGGGCCAUCAAGAAAACGCCGCAAAUCAGGGAGCUGAAUGUGACAGGGUGUGAAAUUGGAGAGCAAGGCGCCUUACGGGUAGUCCAACUGCUAGGAUUCCAUGCACCCCUCAACAUCCUGCACAUGAAUUGCACCCCGCUAGGUCGAGCCGGUGGCAAAAAACUGAUUGAAGUCCUCAAAGAAAACUGGCCCGUUGAGGAGGUGAACUGUAAAUUUUGCAACCUGAAGCCCAGUCACGAAAAACGGAUUCAAAGUAUACUGCGGAGGAACAAGAAAUUCCAACACGCGCGACAAAACUCGACGUCAAGUGGUGAUUUGCCGGCGUCGUCAAACGGGAAAUCCAUGCCUCAAUAAGGUUGCAAAGCAAUAAAUUCGCUUGUUCUAUUUCGCUCCACCGA